AUGAAGUUCCAGCUCGCACUCUCCACCCUCCUCCUCGGCGCCUUGAGCGUCCAAGCUGUGCCACAUGUCGAAGACAAGGGCCUCCACGCCCGAGAUGGUCUAUCCGCACGCGGACACGCCAUGUUCCGCUACGGAAAGGCCAAUGGAUAUACCAGACGCAAGACCAAGACAUGUACCGCUCACCUCUCGACAAACUCUGGAAACGCCAAUACUGCCCCUGCAUCUAGCUCGCAGUCGGUGGCUGCAGACGGAGGCGCAAACGCACCCGUCAUCACACUCCCAACAAGUGAGCCAGUGCCCACGUCCUCUGAGCAACCAGCUCCCGAGCCAUCGCCAUCGUCCCAGGAACCCCAACCGGUACCGAGCGCUGAACCCGCUCCGAGCUCUGGCGGAAAUACUGCAAGCAACAACAACCCAGAUAUCCAAGCCUACCUUUCUCAACACAAUAACGAGCGUGCCGCCCACGGUGCUAGUGCGUUGACCUGGGCAGAUGAUUUGGCAGGUGUCGCCCAAGAUUGGGUCAACAAAUGCAUCUGGCAGCACAGUGGUGGCAAAUUCGGCGAGAACCUCUCUGUCGGAACCAAUAUGAGCCCAAGUGGAGCCGUUCAACUCUGGUUGGAUGAGCGUGAUGAGUACAAUCCCGCAAGCCCACAAUAUAGCCACUGGACCCAAGUUGUCUGGAAGGGAUCCAAGGAAGUUGGAUGCGCCGUCGCUUCAUGCCCUGCAGCCAACUUCUUUGGAGCAGGAGCAUCAGGAACUGCCCUUUUCUACGCCUGCGAAUAUCGUCCCGCUGGCAAUGUCAUCGGACAGUUUGCCCAAAACGUCCAGAAAUAA